AGUAUUCGCUGUUGGUUUGUCUCAAAAGCCUGCAGCAAGAAACACCAGCAGGACAGCAGUAAUAAUCAACAUUUGCAUCCUGGAACAUAAAGUAUCUUGCAAAGUUAUUUAUCUAUGUACUGAGUUGAGUGAAAGUGAUAAUUAUAUAAAAACACUGAGGUGAGAGAGAUACAGAUAUGACCUCAAAGGAGGAGCCAAAGUAUCAGACACCACCCACCUGCGAUCUGCUCAGCCUUCUGUUGAAGAACAGACGCCCCACUGGAGCUGUCAACGAGGUUUGGCCCAACCUCUACAUCGGAGAUGCAGCUGCAGCUCGGGAUAAAACCCUGUUAGCGAAACUGGAAAUAACACACGUGGUGAAUGCUGCAGAUGGCCCCCAGCACAUUGACACCGGGCCAGGUUUCUACGCAGACGCCAGCAUACUGUAUCACGGAGUAGAAGCACCAGACUGUAAAGAUUUUGACUUGAGCCCUUUCUUCAGUGAGACGGCUGAUUUUAUUCAUGGUGCUCUGAGCCAAAAAGGGAAGGUGCUCGUCCACUGCGCUCGGGGAAUCAGCCGCUCGGCAGCUCUUACGCUGGCCUUCCUCAUGAUCAAAGAAAGGCUCACACUGGUGGAGGCUGUGGAGGUUGUGUGCCGGCACAGAAACAUCCUCCCAAAUGUUGGAUUUCUGAAACAGCUCCGCGAGCUGGACUCAUCCCUAUUCACGUAGUAGAGCACAUAACGCCAAAAAGGGGACAGUUUCAUAGUUGGCAUCAUCUGUGCAGAUGAAAUCGUCCUGGUGGCUCCAUUUGGGUGGCUUCGGGCACUCGCAUCUUAAGUGAAUUAAAGCACCAUGUAAUCCAACUUGGCUUGAUGGGAUUUUGCUUAGCUUAGUCAAGCGAUACAUCAGCAUUCAUAAUAGCACACUUAAACACACAACAUGCAGAGCACAAAGUAGAACUGACAGACAAAUGUUUUGUCAGGUGAGCGAUCAGCACAGACAGUCUGCCUGUCAGAAAGGGUUUGUCAACACUAAAAUAAAGUUAGCUGAAAGUUAAAAAGACUUCAAUCCUGUCAUGUUCGGUUCAUUUUUGACACAAACGGAACCUCAUUGUAUUUGAGACAAGACUAUUUCAAGCCUUAUUUUUUAAUCUCUUUGUGUUUUUCACACUACAAUUCUCCAUUUUACAAACCAGAAUCCAUCACUGCAGAUUUCUGGGUGAUUUCUUUUUUUCUCAGUUUUCCAUAAUUGAAACGUAUGAAAGUCAAUUAGCCCACUUAUGCAUGAGCUGUGUAAUUGAUUGCUUCAAAAGCUCAUAUUGUAAUACAAUGCUGUUUAUGAUUAGACUAAAUUUUAAAAUAGCUUAUUAUAUAAUUUUAAUAAAAAUGAAUGCACAAUUACUGCUCACUAUGGCGGACUACACAGCUCAAACAGUGCCAUACACGUCACAAAAAGUGAUGGUUCUUUGCUAUUAUUGUUAUUAAUAUUAAACUGCUCUUUAUUUAUUAACAAUAGUGUUUUAUAUUGCAAGAUAAACACCCUUCAAAAUGACACACAUUAACCUGAUGAGCCACAGAUCUCUGUGCAAGCACUUGGAGAAAGAAACCUCCUUUUUAAGAGGAAGUCAUGGACAAAACCAGUUUGUGGAGAGCAGCCAUCUGCUGUGACCAGUCAGGAUGAGGGAAAAGUAGUAAAAUGUAGCAAAAGCAUAUCCGUAGAGAAAAAUACAGUCAUGACAUUGGUCCUCCCCAGACCUCAACAUUAUUGAAGCAGUGU